AUGGGCCCGACGGGUGAGGCGGCGUUGGGCGGCGUGUGCCCGACCAACCGGCUGCGAUGGGACCUGAGCGCCGAGCAGAUCCACAAGAUGGUCGACAGGCUGAUCGCAGACACCAAGAAGGUGUACGACGCCGUGGGCGCGCUGGACCUCGGCGCCGUCACUUUCCAGAAUACCGUCAAGGCGUUGGCCGACGUGGAGGUGGACUACACGGUGGAGCGAAACACGCUGGACUUCCCUCAACACGUUUCUCCUUGCAAAGAAGUGCGAGCGGCCAGCACGCAAGCCGACAAACGUUUGUCCGAGUUUGACGUGGAGAUGAGCAUGAGGGAAGACGUCUACCUCAGGAUCGUCGCUUUGCAGAAGAAACUGGACUGCAGCAGCCUGCCGGCCGAGUCCCGCCGCUACAUGGAGCGCCUGCUGAAGUUGGGGCAGAGGAACGGACUCCACCUUCCCAAAGAAACGCAAGAGGAGAUCAAAAAGAUCAAGAAGACCUUGAGCAACUUGUGCAUCGACUUCAACAAGAACUUGAACGAGGACACCACCAGUCUGAGCUUCACCAGGGAGGAACUCGGCGGCCUACCAGAAGACUUCCUUAGCUCCCUGGACAAAGACGGAGACAAGCUAAAAGUGACCCUCAAGUACCCUCACUACUUUCCCACCAUGAAGAAAUGCUUUGUGCCAGAAACCCGAAGGAAGCUAGAGAAGGCCUUCAACUCUCGCUGCAAGGAGGAGAACUCGGCAAUCCUGAAGGAGAUGGUGGAACUUCGAGCUCGGAAAUGUUCUCUACUGGGCUUCGGCACCCACGCCGAUUUCGUCCUGGAGAUGAACAUGGCCAAGUCUGCCAAGCAGGUGGCCGCCUUCCUGGAGGAACUGUCCCGCAAGCUGAAACCUCUGGGUGAAGAAGAGCGCUCGGUCAUUCUCAAGCUGAAGGAGGAGGAGUGCGAGAAGCGAGGUCUGCGCUUCGACGGGCAACUCCACGCCUGGGACACGCGCUACUUCAUGACGCAGGUGGAGGAGACCCAAUUCGCCGUGGACCAGAACCUCCUGAAGGAAUACUUCCCGAUGGACGUGGUGACCCAGGGUCUCCUGGACAUCUACCAGGAGCUCCUGGGUCUAAGCUUCGAGCUGCUGGACGGCGCCCCCGUGUGGCACCCCGACGUCAAAGUCUACUCGGUGAAGGACGCGGAGCAGGGGCAGGUGGUGGGACAGUUCUACCUGGACCUCUACCCCAGGGAGGGCAAGUACGGCCACGCGGCGUGUUUCGGCCUCCAGCCCGGCUGCCUCCUGGCCGACGGGCGGCGUCAGGUGUCGGUGGCCGCCAUGGUGGCCAACUUCAGCAAGCCGACGGCCGCCGCGCCCUCGCUGCUGCAGCACGACGAGGUGGAGACGUACUUCCACGAGUUUGGACACGUCAUGCAUCAACUCUGCGCGCAGGCGGACUACGCCAUGUUCAGCGGCACCCACGUGGAGCGUGACUUUGUGGAGGCGCCGUCACAGAUGUUGGAGAACUGGGUGUGGGAGAAGGAACCUCUGCGCAGGAUGUCAAGACACUACCAGAGCGGGCAACCCAUCCCGGAACACCUCCUGGAUAAGCUCAUCAAGUCUCGCCUGGCUAAUACAGGGCUCUUCAACCUGAGGCAGAUCGUUCUGGCCAAAGUGGAUCAGGCGCUGCACACCCGAGGCGGCCUGGACCCGGCCGAGGAGUACGCGCGACUCUGCCGGGAAGUUCUGGGGAUUCCCGCUUCUCCGGGCACCAACAUGCCGGCAACGUUCGGCCAUCUGUCGGACGGUUACGACGCGCAGUACUACGGGUACCUGUGGAGCGAGGUGUUCUCCAUGGACAUGUACUACGCCCGCUUCAAGCAGGAAGGGAUCAUGAACCCCAAGGUGGGUCUGGACUACAGGAAGUGCAUCUUAGCUCCCGGCGGCUCGGCGGAUGCGGCGGACAUGCUGAGGAAAUUUCUCGGGCGCGAACCCCAACAAGAAGCCUUCCUCAUCAGCAAAGGACUCGCCCUGGAAUUGCAGCCUGGAACUCCUUGCCCUUGCUGA